AAAAUGGGCCACAGUCUCGAAAUGGUGCCACUCAUAGUCACAUUCGUUUUAAUAGCCACCGUCGCUUUCCUAGUACAUAAAUAUUUGACUUGGCAUUAUAAUACAUUCAAGAAGUUGGGUAUAGCCGGUCCGGAGCCGAAAAUUUUAGUCGGCAAUUUUCCUGGUAAACAACAUUUCGUCUACGAGAUCGAUGAGAUAUAUCACAAAUACAAGAAAGACCACCAAGUGGUCGGUGUGUUCAUAUCACGAGAUCCCCACUUCCUGAUCUUAGAUCCGAAAUUGGCGCAUGAAAUUUUGGUGACGAAUUUCAAAUGCUUCAAAGACAAUUUGGGCAAUAAAUUUCUCUAUAACAGAGAAGAGGAGAAAAUGGCGUCAGUCAACCCGUUCCUCAAUGUGGGUGAUGUAUGGAAGACGAGGCGCGCGGAUGUGAUUGGUGGCGUAACGCAAAAUAAGCUCUCCUUAGCUUAUCCCAUUUGGAAGAGUUGUGCGCAAAAGCUCAGCAAUCUCUUGAAAGCGCAAACAGCCAAAGGCAAUUCCAUAAUCGAAACAAAGGACCUCGUUACGCGCUUCACGUCCAACGUACUGGGUGAAUUUCUAUGGGGCAUUGAAACCAACACGCUGGCAAAUCUAGGAGAACGAAAUGCGUACCUGAAAAUGUGCCACAAAAUACCAGAACAAGUAUUCCAAUCGUUCAUAAGCUACUUUAAGUUUAUAGCCUUUCCCUGGUUCCGCCGUUUCAGCAACUAUCGCGUAUUCCCACUUGAAGCGGAGCAUUUCUUUUCACAGCUCACGAAAGACGCUUACGCGCUGCGUGAUCGCGAUGGGAGUAAUAAGAAUAGAGUGGAUUUCCUUAACUACAUAAGGCAAUUGCAGGAUAAGAAGAAUCUCACACAUGACGAAGUGGUUGGUUACUUGGGAACCGCUUUGGCGGAUGGUUUCGACACAGCGGCCUCGGUCGCCUUUCAUGUGCUGUUCUAUUUAACUCAUCAUCCUGACAGCCAGGAAAAGGCGCGCAAGGAAAUUUUAGAAAAUCUCGAGUCUGAUGGCACUGUUUCUUAUCAAACUCUCUCUGGUCUACCUUAUUUGGACCAUUGUGUGCAAGAAACCCUUCGCCUAAUGAGUCCACUCACGUUCGCAUCGCGCAUCUGCACCGAGCCCACCGAGCUAGUGUUAGAUGACGGGCGUCGUGUACCCAUCAAGGUGGGACAAAUUGUUACAAUACCUGCUUUCUCGUACACGCACGAUACCGAGUAUUACGCCAACCCAUCGCAAUUUCAACCUGAGCGUUUUGAAAAUGUUGACGUUUCGGAAUUGACGAAACGUGGCAUUUUUUUGCCCUUCGGUGAUGGGCCACGUAUUUGCUUGGGACGUCACAUGGCUCUUUUGCAAAUGAAAACCGCUAUUGUUGAAAUACUUAAGGGCUUUCGCUUGAAAGUCUGUGAUAAAACUCCGCCAGAAGAAAGACUGGAAUCGCAAACUCUUAUUCUUGGUGUCGAGGGAGAUCUGCUGUUUGAAUACGAGAGAUUAUAAAGCAAAACAAAAAGUCAUGAGAUUUAUAUUUUUAUAUUUCAACAUCAACUGUUGUCAAUCAAUGAAAUAUUAAUAAAUACGUGAAAGUUUUAUCUGUU